AAAAUUUUACAAGAUGGCGGUGCAGGCAGUGAAUUGUCAGCUUCUGUUUGUACAUUCAGCCCUACCUUGAUGAAGUGAGAUUCACACCAGUAUCACAACAUUGAAGCCUGCUACAGCAGCUGAGCUAGCAGUGCCCACAAUGGACCCAAACCAUUGGAACUACAACCAGGCGUACAGCAGAAUCAGCUCGGGGAGCCUCCCUGCAAGCCAUGGCGGCAUCAACAGACUGGACUUCCCCCUCCUCGACCAGGCCACGCUCAGUUCAGGUUUUGGCCUCUCACCAUCUCUGUCCCCUCAUGCCAACCUGACGUCCCGGUCCCUGGGUGGCCUGUCUGGGGUAAAUUACCCCGGCCACCCGCUGCACACCACCAUGCCACAGUUCCUGGACCCGAUGGCACCAUUACAAGCCUCCUUCACAAGCCAGCCCACAUACAAACCAAUGUCGAUGGGGCAGAAUCCUUACCCCUUUGACAGCUCGGCCAGAUCCUCCACAGAGGUCCCUGUCACUUACUCCCCUGCACGGUACUCAGCGGGGACACCUAGUUUGUCAGCACACACCAAAACCCCUCUGUUCUCUCCACAAGAACUGACUUCGUCGAAGGAUUUGGCAGCAUCUUUUGCAGCAUCCUCUCAAGGUCUUACUGCUGAGACGAGCCCGAAAGGCUGGGGGCUAUCCAACUUCCUCCCAACACCAACAACACCGUUUGGGAACAUAUCUGACGCUCUGCCCAGCGACUUUGGCUUGUCUCUUCCUCAACCUCAACAGACACCUCCGCCAGCUCACAGCUCGGGCAGCCGCAUCAACACCAUCCAAAGGAAUCCAUAUACAGCAGACAUGUUAUUUGCUGAAAGCACACGACCCGUUAAAAAUCCCCAACCCCUCCACUCUCCAAGAGAUCCGUCACCUUUCACCAGCGUAAGCAGCAGUAACUAUGGGCGGAUUUCAGAUGCGAUCCAGUCCCCUAAGUCCAGCCUGCCCCCUCCAACACCUCACAGUUACACAGCAUCUCCACCAGAGAUCGAGGACCUGUCCUCCCACUCACAGGCUCACCCCAUUUACAGCUCCUAUAUGUCCACAUCUUACAAUUCUAUACCAUCAGGCAACCCUGUGUACAGUUCUUCCCAGUUACAACAGGACAUGGACUACGAUCCUGUCAGCCCAGCUACACCUCUGUCUGAAGCACCUCAGCCUAAUGAUAACCCAUUCACCACUGUCUCACUGCAAGAUCUGGCGGCACUAGGCACAGCACAGAGUCCAGUCCAUGAGAAGCCUCACCAAAGAGAAACAAGUCGAGACAAUAUCUUAAAUCGUGAAAGUGUUCUUCUACAUCAAGAGAGUAUGUUGCAUGCUUCCCUUGAAAAAUCAAAUCAUGUCAAAGAAUCCGCCCAUGUCCAAAGCUUAUCAUCUCACAUGACAAUGCAGCACACACCACCUGGAAUCCACAAUGGGCAGAACAUUCAGAACGCUGCCAGUCCAAUGCAGCAGUCUCCGAUAAGUGUUGGGAGCCCGCAGAUUCCCAUGUCUGUGUCCAGCCCUCAGGUUGCCAUGCCACUAGGGAGUCCCCAGAGUCUCAUGCCCAGCUCCACCGUGGUGCAGGCUCCCCCGCCCAUUCAGGCGAUGGCUGAUUCUACAACGAAACCAAAGCGAGGAGGAAGAGGAAGCCGAGGCGGAAGGGGUGGUGGAGGAAGAGUUAGAAGGAAGAAGGACGAGGACAAUAAUUCCUUUAUGGGAGAGAUCCAUCAGCCUCCUAUUUUUGCCAAUGAAAUUGCUCAACAUCAACAGUCGCAGCGUCAGCCACAUCCAGCAUACAGUGACAUGGGUCAUUCAGCUUACCGACCAGAUAGUCGUCAGCCGGAGUUGAACCAGACCUUCCUUCACUCCGACAUGGGAGUAGAGUCAUCUCUGACUCCAGGUAUUCAGAGACAAUUGUCUGCUGGACAGACAUCAGAACCCAUGCAGAGGUCACCCCUGGAAGAGAGUCUGGUCAGUGUGCAGCAGCAACAGCAACAGCAGUCCAUUCAGGACCAGAUGACCACAACUCAUAGGACCAUGACAAUGUCGGAAGAUCUUCUGAGUCGUCAUUCCUCAAUGUCGUCUCUAAACAGCGGACAUCAAGCAUCACCAAUGCAGGAAGCCCUGUCCAUGAACCACCAGCCAUCUUACUGUGACAACAUAGUGAGUGGGCAGCACUCCUCACCUCUAACCAACCCAUCCCCCCCAAACCAGAUGACAGUGGAUAGUUCCCACAUUGUUCGAAACACAGACAGUUCCAGUAUGACCAGUCACUCUGCUCUUUCCGACUCUUCCAUUGACCAAAGAGGCUCUGUGCUCAGUGCUGUCAGAGAGACGGAUGCCAUCAUGUCAGGUGCUGAUCAGUACAACAUGAACGGAUUUGUGGACACCCCCUUCAUGGAUCAGCUGGCAGACACGCCCCAAGCUGUGUCCCAGUCAAUGAGCUACCAGCAGCAAGGUCACAUGGCCAUGAUGGACAAGAAUAUCAUGUCACCUGACAUGAACAAUCCUAACUCAUUUCAGGAUGCGAUGAAUAAUGGCAUGCAUAUGUCACAGUUCGGAAAUACAUUUCAGAUGCCCCAGGAGCAGCACCAUCUCGCCAACCUAGACAUGAACGCAGUCAGUCAGGCCGGAUCCACCAUUGAUGAGGCCACAUUUUCGAGUCUAUUUGGUUCUCCUAACAAUUCUGAAAAGGUCCGGCGCAGGACCAAAGCUGAACAGAAGUUGAUGCCAAUUGUUACUCCAAAGGUUGAUGAAGAUGAAGAGCUGGCUCACUUGGCGUUGCCUCCGCCAGCCGCCAGUGAUCCUAUUUCACAAACAAAGGAGGAGACCAGGGUCAGGAAGUCUUUUGGGAGUUCCUUCCAGGACUGUUUCCUGAACUAUCUCAUGGGAAAGAAGCAGGAGACUUUAGAGAGUCUCAGUAGUGCUACUAUACAUAAGAAACCGCAGCUGCCAAAGUACUUCCCAGAGCCAAGGAGACCUCGGCCUCCAUCACCACCACCCAAGAAAGAUUCCAAAAGGUCCAGCGGGUCAUCUGACGAAGGCUCAUUCUCAGGUGUCGGCUUCUCGGACAGUGAUAGUAGUGAAGAGAGUGUAGCUAAGACAGUUCAAAAUGUGAUUUCGCAAAUGAGUGAUGACGAGUCCAAGGACAGAGUGAAAAAAUCCAAAGAUUUGACAAUAAGGAUUUCUGUGCCAUCAUUGAAAAAGUCCCCCCGUAGUCCGCGAGUGCGAGGUGCUAAAGGAGGGAAGGCCCGCGGGCCUCGGGGGUCGAAGGUGAAAGGGAAGGGUAGUGGUGCAGUCGUGGAUGGUACCAAUCAAGGUGGGGAGCUGCCACCAGCUGAAGAAGCGCCUGUCAUCCAACCGAGGGAACGUAUUUCAAGGAGGGCAAAGGAGAAGGCACUGCAAAAGAAAAAGAAAGUUUCCAAACCUGGUGUUGCAGAGAAUUCUGAUGACUCAUCCAGUAGCAGCUCGGACGAUGAGAACAUCAAGAGCAUCACCAAGGAGGAGUCCGAGAAGGAUUACGACUCUGAUAAAGACCCAGCCUGGACACCGUUUGAAGUUGUAAGUAGUGUUGGACAACGAUCUCGAAACCGAAGUGCAAGCCAGAGGAGACCCUCGGACACGCCCCCUGAUCUGACCCCAGCCAUGUCGCCUCCCAAGGUGGCGAAGUUCUCUCCCCUUGACGCAGGCAGCGUCACAGCUGAGACACCCAAGACAAACAGUGUCCCCUCCAGUCAGGAUUCUGAAGAUUUUGUGAUAGGGAAGUUUAUUCUUGAAAAGAAAGAUAUGCAUAAUUAUGAGAGUUACCCCAUCUGGAAGAUUGAGCAGGGCAGGAUGAUCCACAAGUACGAGAUCACCUCGGAGGAUGGCAACAUCAGACACAAGGCUGUGUCCACGUAUUCAAGUUGGAUGCCAACUAUGCGAGACCAGUUUGUGCCAAUCAAAGUGAAGCUUAUAUCCAGUCGGGAUGCGGUGGAGAUUGUUGAGGUGACUGAAGAGUAUCGACCAAAGCCCCCAACAGACGGCAGCUUGGAGACCAAGUAUGAAGAUGAUCCCCUGGUUGACUUGUUCAACGUGUACCUGCAGAUCUUUCUCAGUCAGGCCCUGGAGCCUGGCUUCCUCAGUGCAAUCACAGAUGCCCAAGGACACAAAUGGCUUGAUGGAGCAUCACUGAAAAUCAAGCCCCAGCUGCGAGAGAUCGAUCGUCCAAAUCUUAAACAGCCAUGUCAGGCCUGUGAAAAUUCUAGUCCACCUACCAUCAAAACUGUUCAUUUCCUGGGUACCCCGUAUGACAGGUUUGAUAUGGAUGACCUGCCAGACCCAUCUGACACGUGUACAGAGUUCAUGAUAGGGAAAACUGCUGCUCAGUAUGUUGGAGUGUAUCACAGUCUGCACCACUUCAAAUAUAACCUGUAUAAGAGAUGCCUAGCUAAGGUGAAAUUACUCCGGGACAGUACAAAGGGCAUUGACAAUGAAAAAUUGCUAGACCAGUGUCUUCAUAACAGGGCAUGGGUAUUGAAAAUAUUUGAGGACUUAAAACGAAUGCUUGAGAAGGGAUGAAGAAGGUGUGUUGUCCCUGCACUACAUCCUGCCUUAGACUGUAUUGUCAGUGACUACUGCCAUCAGUGAUAAUCCUCCUCCUCAUCUGUGUAGGCCACCAGGACUUCGCUCAUCAUCAGCCUGUACAGAGACAUGGUCCUCGGAGGACACAAAUCAUCAUCUGUGGUGUCAUUGUCGUCCUCUCGUCUACAGACUGUGUGCAUUUGUUUCUUGAUUCCUGUGAUGUGUGAACCGUCGUGAUGAUGUGACUGAUUAGACUGGCAUGUAUCUCAUUGUUUGGGCUGAGUAUUCGGGACAGGUGGAAGCAUGACCUGAUCUUGGAAGAGAUGGAUAGAGCUUGACCUGAAUAACAAACCCUUUGUAAUGACAUUACUGAUGAUGGGACUCUGUUCUGACCUGUGCAGCUCUGACCUGAUUGUAAGAAAUCCAUGUAACACUGAUGCUCAUACCUGUUGGGUGGAUCCCUGCCCUGCUAGGUGGAUCCCUUUUCCGCUCUGAUGGGUAGAUGCCUGCCCUGCCAGGUGGAUCUAAGCCUUUACAAGUGGUUGCCUGGCCUGUUGGGAGGAUCUAUGCCCUAAUGCAUGGACCCAUGUCUUAAUGAAUGGCUCCAUGACCUGGCCUAAUGGUUUGAUCCAUCACAACCUUGACCCAUGACCUGAUGAGUGGUUUCAUGGUUUGCAUGAUGACCUGACAGGAGAAUCCAGAUAUCACAGGUGAUCCCUACUCUGUGAAUGGAUCCAUGACCUGCCUGAGAGGUAGAUCCAUGAUCUGAUGGGUGGUUUCAGGGGUUGAGGGAUGGCUCCCUAAUCUGAUGGAUAGAUCUCUGACCUGAACUGGAUGGAUGGAUCCCAGACCUGAAGGGGUAACCCCUACUAGAUAAAUGGACCUCGGGAAUGGAUCACAAUCAUGCUGGGUGGAUUUCUUGCCUUACUGAUGAGUUCUGUUUCGGAGUGAUCUCUAUCACAAGUGAAGUGCCGAUGGGUUGAUGGUUGCCCGCAGUAUAAUACUGAAGCUCAGUGCCUGUUAGGCUAACCAAUGUAUGUCAGAUGACACUGAGAAUGACAAUGGUGUUUAAGGUGUAAGGUUAGGUAUGGUCUUUCAGUUAUCUUCUGUUUUCGUUGUCAUGUAAUUAGAUACAACGCCAGAGACACCUCUGUUCUUUACAAUCAGCUUAAUGUGUGAACAGUUCCAGGCUGACUGAAUUACUUGGGAUUAGGGAUGUCACGAUACAUAAGUUUCAUGAAUCGAUACGUAUCACGAUACUCAUGUCACAAUUCGAUACGUAUCACGAUACUCAUGUCACAAUUCGAUACGUAUCACGAUACCUAUUUUUGCGGCAUUAUUGCGUAUAUUUAGUUACAUUGUGAACAUUAAUAUUAUAAUUCUAUAAUGGUCCAUGAAAAGAUCAACAUUUUUUAUUCUCAGAGAUUAAAAAGUUCUUAUUUCCCAUCUUU